GUGUCCUAAUAGCCGCCUGAUUGUCUGUGAAGAUGGCUACUUUGUUUCUUUCGUUACCUCUCUCUUGAUCCUGGACCGCAAUCUGGAGAGCUAGCUUGAUGCCUUGAAGUUCUGCGGCGUAUACUGUUGACGUUUCGCUAUUUCCCAUGUACGCCAUCUUUGUACAUCUAGUCAAAGGCGAUACCGCGGCAGCCCCUAUGUGAUUAUCUAUGCCACUUCCAUCUGUAUAGAUAAAGAGACUAUUUGAGGGGUGCUUUAAGAAGUUCUUAUGUUGUGUCUUUGCUAUUUCUACAUCUGAUGCGAUUGAAAUGUUCGGUCCUCGCCACCAUGGUGGUACGAUAUAUGGUGGGAUUGUCUCUUGUUCUGUAAUUGUUGGGCCGCGACGUUGGUGGAGGCGUCUGUAAAUGUGUCUAAGUGGACUUGUAUAUAGUCUCUGUCUCUCUUGAUUUGGACUGUAUGAUCGGAACCCUUCCAGGGCUGGUAUUUUGUCUGUGGCAAGGAUUCUUCCAAUCGUCUCGGUACUAGCCUUCCAGAUCUGCUGUUCUAUUGGGAGGAGGUAUAGUUCUACGUCUAGGGCUGGACCUGAUGUUGCUUUGUACGCCCCUCCUAUGGUUCUGGCCGCUUUUGCUUGUAGCUUUUUGAGAGAAUUGAUUGUUUGUAGAUCUAUUCCUAUCUGACCUGAAUUUGGAAAAGGAGUACUGGUCACGGGAUGUGGCUCAGUUGACAAGCAAGGUUAACCUUGUCCCAAUCGGCGCGCCCACAGCGAUAACAAAAACUUCUGGGUUGCGAAGUCGGCGCGGCACAGCUGGAUACAUCACCAGCGUACCUGCGUACCUGCGUACCAGUUGAUUCUAUACCGACCAGAGUUCUUUCGUUCUUUGCUUUUGUUCUGGUAUCAAUAUAUCAAUCCAGGGACCGACUCAAUUGAAGUCGCAUCAACCUUCAAAUCAAUGCGCUCACAAUGAACGAGCAAACCCCCAGGCUGAAAUCGCCAGCGACUCCUCCCAUUGAAUUGGAUGCGUCCUCCAAGAUCAUGGCCCGAACUCCCAAGAAUCCUGAGCCAUUAUCUGGGGCCAAAGUAUGGAAUACGAAGAAUAUCGGUCUGCGACUAGGCGCCGACUUCUUUUCUGGUUUUACAGCUGCGACAAUGGUUGCUCCAAUUAUCGCAAUGAUUGAUAAGUAAGUCACAUAUAUACUCCUCCUACCCAACUUCUACCAGGGCGCAUACUAAUAGAUCGCAGAGGAAUCAUGCAAAAUGCCUCUGGUCAAGCACAGCUCAAAGACUCCCUCAAAGAAUCCAUCAAGACCUUCCUCACCAAGCCUCACAAUCUCGUUUUCUCGAAGCCAUUUGGACUUAUUUGCUUAUUAUACGGUGGUACAUACGCAACAGCCAACUCCCUCGACACAAUCACCUCGAUGGUACAAAACAAACCCUCGACACUUGUCACAUCCGGCACGCUCAAGUUUGCUGCCUCCUCGACGACCAACAUCGGCCUCUGUCUUUUCAAGGACCAGGCAUUUACAAAACUUUAUGGAGCACAAGGGCCGAUUAGACCUGUACCCCUACCUUCUUACGUGCUUUUCACGCUCCGUGAUUGCUUGACUAUCUUUGCGUCAUUCAACAUCCCACCACUCCUUGGACCCGUUGUCAGCCGAAAUAUGAGCAUUGAGUUGGAAAAGAGAGUUAGUGGACAAACGAUUGCGCAAUUCGUUGCACCGGCCGCUGUACAAAUUCUCAGCACGCCAAUGCAUUUGCUCGGCUUGGAUCUAUACAAUAGAGGCGCAAAGACAAUUACGUGGUAUGAUCGAUGGACAAUUGUGAAGAAGAACUGGGCUGUUAGUGCUGCUGCGCGCAUAUGUCGUAUCGUGCCAGCUUUUGGAGUUGGAGGGGUGGUCAAUGCCAAGUGCCGGAGGACAUUGAUUGAGAAACUGGACUAGGGGGCGCUGAUAUGACUUUUUUCCCUUUUUUCCUUAGCGAGAAAAAGAUGUGAGAUGCGAUACAGUUAGAAUUCGCAGCCCUUGCUUGUUAGUUCGACAGGCAUCAUGUAUUCUGGUUGCGUAUAGCGCAUAGAUGGAUAUACACUGAGGCUAUCUACGCAUUCUGGAGUUACGAGAUCAACACAGGGGAUAUAUGGAUGGGCGUUUGGGAAGAGAAAAAAAGCUUUCUAUUGAUGUAAUGAUUAAUUAGGGACUGAUUUCAUGUGUUGGAAUUAGAAAAUUCGGGUAUGAAACCAACCAUUCCACAUCCCCC